AUGUCUUCAUCCCUAAACAUCGAACACGUCAUCCUCUUCAAGCUCAAAGACAAUGCGGAGACGUCCGAAGUCAACGCCAUGGUCAACAAAAUCAAGGGCUUGCAGGGCAUGGACGAAGUCCUCUAUCUCUCCGCUGCACCACUCCGAUCAUCAUCAAACUCCACCUCACUCGCCUUCACUCACGUGUCCCACAGCCGCUUCAGAUCCACAUCCGAACUCAGCGCGUAUGGCGUACACCCGCUCCACCUGAGUAUAAAAAAAGAAACCAACCAUCUCGUCGAAGAUAUCCUCGCAGUCGAUUGGUUCACCGACGCGUUCGGCGGUGACCGGGUGACUGUGCCUCCCGGCUCCGCCGUGCGCGUGACAUUUUGGAAGCUGAAGGAAGGUUUAGGGGACGAAACGAUCAGAUCCGAGAUUUUGGAGGGAAUGAGAGAAAUUAAGGAGAAUUUAGGAGAAGAAGUGAGUGAGUUUACUUAUGGCGCGAAUUUCUCGGAUAGAGGGAAGGGAUAUUCGAUGGGGAUUCUCGCGGUAUUUCGGAGUGAAAGUGAAUUGGAAGCAGGGGAUGAUGCAAAGCAGUACGAGAAGUUCAAUGAGUAUUUGGAUUUGGAAGCUACACUCGUAAUCGAAUUUGUGGUCCCGUCUCAAUAG